GCAUUUCCUGUGCUCUCUGCUGAACAGUAUCCGGGUUAUGAAGUCUUGGAGGUAUUGAGGGAAGCUGGGAACUUUGUCCGGGAACUUCCAAAACAAGUUGAGAAGAGUGUCGGAACAGAGGCGGCUGUGGGGCGCGAAACUGACCGGCGGGGCCGGUGGCUGAAAUUUCGAUCGUGGAGCGCAUGCAUUCCAAUCUUAAGCAUGUGUGUGUUUGUUUUUGACACGUGCAUGUAA